AUGAUACGUGUGAGUACACACAUAGAAAACCCCGAUUUCACGAGGAACGUAAAACCCUCCAUGAAACGAGGUGGCACUAAAGCCCACCAACACAUACUCUUCAAUCCAACAAUCGCUUUUGGAAACAUCGUCCAAGAACCAGACAGAGAGAUCCUAAAGAAUGUUUGGGAGAACUUCAUCAGAAAACCAGAAACCGAUACAAGAUCAGUCCAUGUUCAAGAAGUUUCCACGACUUGGGAAGCAUUGCCAACACUUGAUGACAUAUCAAAAGAAUCAAAAGGAAGCCUUCCAACCAUAGAUAUGUCAAUGGAGGCCAAGGAAUGGGCCGAGAUUCUCGACUCCAUUGCUUCUUUCCCAAGCGAAACCAAUCAUGAGCCGUUAACCAACCCUACUGGUUCACGUUCUCUGUCUUCUCCGGUUUCUUGCAAAACAAGGAAAUACAGGGGAGUAAGGAGGCGUCCUUGGGGGAAAUUCGCAGCAGAAAUAAGGGAUUCGACGAGAAAUGGUGUUAGAGUUUGGCUCGGGACGUUCCACACUGCAGAAGAAGCAGCUAUGGCUUACGAUAAAGCCGCAGUUAGAAUCAGAGGAGUACAAAGAGCUCACACCAAUUUUCAAAUCGAGACGGUUAUAAAAGCUAUGGGAAUGGAGUGCAGCCGAAGUUACUACCCGAUAAACCGUUCAAGUACGUCUCAACCUUUAAGUAACUACCAUGAGACCGGAGGAAAAGAGACAAUUAGGUCCUAUAAUGAUAGAGUUGUUGAUGGGAUGGUCGACAACAGUUGUGCCUUUAGUUAUUGUUCGACUCAGGAAUGUUUGGACAUCUGUGGAAUGGUUGGGGAUGAAGAAACUUGUACAGGUUCAAGAAAGAGACAAAGAAGAGAUGAAGAUUGUAUAAUGCUUCAACUUCAAGAAGUUGAGACUGAUGAUAAGAAGAUGGCUAGCAGGGGAGAAGAGAAAUGUGAUGUGUUUGGUUUGUUUGAGUUUGAGGAAUUUGGAAGUACUGAUAUGGAGGAAGAACUCCGAGAUAUGAAAGCACACAAAGCGUACAUCAGCCAGGUUGAUUUCGUUGCAAAUGCGCAACAGGGCAUUCCCCAACUGUGCCCCUGUGGAUCAAUCAUGAAGAGGACCGUAGAUGAAGUUGAUACAUAUGACUACCUCCCCGGGAAAAGGUUCUUCAUUUGCAAAGACUUCAAGAAUGACGGUCUUCAUUUCAGGCAACCAUGGGUCAUGGCUGUGGAAGAAGAGGUCGAGAGGCUCAAACAACGCGUUCACGAUCAUGACAAGCUUCUGAGAGAGUGUGAAGCACUUAAGUCACAGGUUAGAAGGCUGGGAGAGCGGGUGGCUGAUCUUGAGCGACUCCACUGA